AUGGCGUCUCUUAUGAACAAGCCAAAAGCCGAGCUUACUCCAGAGGAGCUCGAGGAACGUGAGAAGCAUGAGUUCCAAACCGGGCCCUUGUCGGUUUUGACCGAGUCCGUGCGAAACAACACUCAGGUUCUCAUCAAUUGCCGAAAUAACCGAAAGCUCAUGGGCCGCGUCAAGGCUUUUGAUCGACACUGCAACAUGGUCCUUGAAAACGUCAAGGAGAUGUGGGUCGAGCGACCAAAAACUGCGAAGGGAAAAGGUGGCCAGCCUGUCAACCGAGAUCGUUUCAUCUCAAAAAUGUUCCUUCGAGGAGACUCCGUCAUUAUCGUCCUCAAGAAUCCGCUCGAAGCUGCCAAGUAA